UUCCUGUACAAUAGGGCGUUGAGUUUCCCUUGGUACACUUUCUUUUCAUCUUGCUGAGCUCGUGUCACUGUCAGCAGCAGGUCGUCGCCCUCAGGGUCAGCUCUGAGCCACGGUCCAUCUCAUCUCAUCCAGGUACUGAAGCUGGACAUCUUCCUGGACCAUCCUGAAAGUUGCCUCACCUCUUCCAUCCACCUCUUUCCUCCCGCAUACUGACAGAUAGCAUGCUGCGUCUCAGGAUGUUGGGCCUCCUCGUGCUCGUGUUUUCACUGUGUGAUGCAGACAGUAUAUGCCCCACUGAGCUCAACCCUCUCAGCCUGUAUCCGCCUGAGGUUCUAGGAGAAUACAACGAGUCAGUAGAGUUAAACUGCUCCAGCACAGAAGAAUAUCAUGAUGGGAUUUACUGGCGUGUUGGAAACACAGACUCUGCAGUAGAACUUGACUAUCUAUCUACAGUAUAUGAAGUGCCACUGUCAGACUGGAAUGUGACGGCAGAGUGCAGAAUAAAAAUUAAUGUAACUCUUGAAUGCAGCAAAGACAUUGAAAUCACCGUAUACCAGAAUCCAGAGAUGGUCACCGUGUAUCCUACAAAGUAUUCAGAUGCUUUGGAAGGGACUUGGUACCAGCUUCAGUGUGAUGUCAUCAACGUUGCUCCUGUUCAAAACCUCACAGUGAAGUGGUACAGAGACAAUCUUUACAUCAGGACAGACACUUUCCCCAAGAAAACCAAAAGACUAGUGAGUGAGUCUUCUACUCUGACAGUCAACCUCACUAGAGGAGACCACGGAGUUCAGUUCAGAUGUGAGGCUCAGCUGGACUUUGGGCCAGACGGACCACUACUUCCUGUUGUUUCUGACAAUCGCACUGUUUCCGUGCACUAUGCUCCUGAGUUCAUGAACGAAACGGAGGAUGUCUAUGUGAAUGAGGGUGAUUCUGUCACCCUGAACUGUGAAGCUGAGGCUCGCCCUCCUCCUAAAUUUCAUUGGAUAGACCUACACGGUGGGAUGAAUGUAACUAAAACUAAUUAUCUCAACAUUACUGGAGUAGUAACCGACACAACCUGGAGCUGCACUGCUAUCAAUUAUCUGGGAAACAUAACUAAGCAGAUCCAUGUUCAUGUGAUAAAACCGAUCACACCAGCAGCAGCCCCUGCAGCCAUAACCACCCCUGCAGCCAUACCCACCCCUGGGCCAACAACACCACAUGGUUGCCCCCUAGUAUUGACGCCUGCUGAAGUUGUGGUGGAAUAUGGAGGUCCAGCUUCAGUUAACUGCAGCACAUCAGCUGCACAUGUUUCAAAAAUGGGCUGGGAGGCCAAAGUUGGAGGCAUGUCGACUGAAGAUUCUUCUGUGGUCACCUGGAAGGUUGAAAGAGUGGAAGACUGGGCCACAAAACCUAUAUGCUUCAUUAAUUGGGGAGAUGAUGAUUACCAGUGUCAAGUAGAGCUAGACAUCACUUUUUAUCAGACUCCAGACAAUGUGUCAGUUUCUGCGUUGGAACAAGGGCCGAUGGUGGAGGGCACAGAGCACUGGCUGCUAUGUGACAUCACCAAUGUGGCUCCUCUGAAGAACCUCAAACUGACGUGGUACCGCGGCAAUGAAAUUCUGUACACAGAAAUGUUCAAUGUCAUCAGUACCACCCCAGUAGACUUGAGCAGUACCUUGAGAGUCAUUCCUGAGAGAGAUCACAACGGAGCACUUUUCAGGUGCAAGGCUGAGCUGCUCCUGGGUCCAAAUGGACCAGAGCUCGUCCCUACUGUAACCUCACCACCUUUCAAGGCUGUGGUGCACUAUAAACCACUGAUCAAAGAUUGUCCAGACAAUUACGCUGGUGUGGAGGGUGAGUUCAGCUUGGACAUGUUGCAGUGUGAAGCUGAUGGGAACCCUCCACCCACUGUUCAGUGGUACUAUGAGGAAAACCUGAUCAAUGCAUCUGAGCCCCUCACCAGGGCUAAAUCAGGAAAGUACACAGCUGAAAUUGGAAAUAGCCUUGGCACCACCAGAAUCUCCGUCCUUAUCACAUUUGAAUAUAAACCUUCAUUUACCUGUGAUGCUCGCUUAGAGGUUGUAGAGAAUGGCACUCUCCCGUGUGAACCAGACGGGUUACCUACACCUGUCAUCACCUGGUUUAAAGAUGGAAAAGAGAUGGCGUCCCCACCCCGCUGGACAAAGGAUGAUAGUGGAAAAUACUCACUUAAAGCAACCAACGAUCAUGGAAUUGCCACUCACGUGCUAAAUGUUGAUGUUUUGUAUGCCCCUGUGUUCACGCACGUAACUUACAAAAACGAGGUGUACCCUGGUGACAAUGUGACCUUUGCCUGCAUUGCGAAGGGCAAUCCUCCCCCUGAGGUCAAGUGGCACUACAACAGCUCUGCAGGGAAUGUGAGGGUGACCACCGGGGGGAGCCAGCAGAGCAUCAGCGUCACAGGAGCCACGUCUACCAAUGCUGGUGUUUACCGCUGUGAUGCCACGAAUAAAGUUGGGAGUGUGACAACAUCUGUCACACUGAUAAUGAAAGAUAGUACUAAACCCAAAGCAGCCCGUUUCUCAGUCAUCGAGUGGUUGCUGAUUCUAUUGGUCGUCGUCCUCAUUGUCAUCGUCAUCGUCAUCGUCAUCGUCAUUGCCAUCGUCAUCCUCAUCAUCGUUGUCCCACGCUGGAAAAAACAUGGACGAUAUCGUUUUGUUCCAGACAAGGCCAAUGAUGCUUCAGAUAUCCCUAUGUCUCCUCAGUCCAACGGGGUGCAAGCUUAGGAUAUAUACAGUAUAUUACUUGCUGAAUAAAUCAGCCUGCAUGGGGACUGAAAACCUGAAAACCAGAUCAGUUGUCUUGCAUGACAAGAAUGACCUGUAUAUAUUGUAUUUACAUUUUAACUUUGGUAUGGUACGAUUCUAGGUUUACACCAUGUAAAAAAGACUAAUUAGGAACAGUUAUUUGCCAAGAAGUGCUACUGACAUAGCAGGUUUAUUACAACAUUGAAUUUUAUUUGUAGUCUAACCUAGUUUUUAUCUUUUUUUUAAUCCUUAAUUAAGUUACACAAUAGCCUUUGAUAGUGUGCUGCUUACUGUAUGCUUUACAAUGAUCAUUACACUGAUUAUCUCUAUGUUUUCACUUUUUUAUUAUUAUUGUCAAUGACUUUGCAUUGUAAUCCCCUUGAAAUGUUGGUCACAUUAAAAAGUAGACUAUAGACCUAUUAUAAUAUCAUUGUACAGCUGCAUAAUAAACAUAAAAAAACAGAACA